CGUGUGUUUGGAUGGACGUUAGAGUCGUCCCAUUGCACAUUUCUUCUUUCUAUCAUCAGCUUGACGACUGGCGACGGGAUCUUUACAAUCAUCAUGGCGUUCCGCUGCUGCACCGUUGAGCUGGCCCAGUCAGUGCAGGUGCUGCUCUUGUUGCUUUCUGCCCUCUGCGGCCUCUCGCACUGCGGCGACCGAUUCACAUUCGGCUACGAUCACAAGGCGGUGAACUACGAUGGUUUCGAGCUGCUGAAACGCCUGCGCAAUGGCGGCGUUCCCGAGGACAUUCCGGAGAACUUCGACUGCGAAGUGCGCCACUUGACGUACAACGUGAGCCUGAAGACCCAGCCGGAGCGCGCUCCGAUGAAAAGCGUGUGGGACGCCCUUCAGCUGACCACGCUAUGCGGCAAAACAUUCGACGAAACGACGGGGGCCUCCGCAGCCAGAGCCGCUCUACAGGCACGCGAGGCGAGGCUUGCCCUGGAGAAGGAGCAACAUCGAGCCACACAUCGGUACGAGUACAGUGUCUACGUGGAUGCAGUUCGCGGUGACGAUGCCUCGGUGGACGGCUCGUCGGAGCGGACGCCGUUCAAGUCCAUUCAGCGAGCACUCCGCCAGACGAGGAAGUUCAGACAGCAGCAAGGCGGUGAUUGGCAUGUCACUGCCAACAUAGUCCUGCGCGGUGGAGUCCACUACCUGAACGAGACUCUGCAGAUCACGGCAGCUGAUAGCUCUACCACCCUGGAAUCGUAUCAGGGAGAGACAGCUGUUUUGAGUGGUGGUAUGCCACUGUCCGUAGAGUGGACUGCGUACAAUACAUCGGGUGGAGUGCAGAUGAUUGUCGAUCAGGGGCAAAACAAUAUCUAUGGGCAGGUGGGACAGGCUGGGAGCAGUACACCCACCAUACACUACAAAGGCAAGAUGGACACCGCGGAGGAAUGCCAGCAGCUGUGCAAGUACAACUCCACCGAGGACGUGUGCAACUCCUGGGUGUGGCACGGACAGUCACAGGGCGAGUGGCGACACAUGUGCUAUCACCGCAGCGAUCACGUGUGGGCGCCGACCAAAGAGAACGACAUGACCAGCGGCCAUUGGCUGCGAGGACCAAACGUCUACGUCGCCGAUGUCGGCACUGGUGUACCGGAGAAACUUGGGCUCGGUCUGUUUGUCGCCAGCACUGCUGAGGACGCGGCGACCGGGAAUCUGUGGCGUGCCACGCGUGCUCGAUUCCCGGACAUUGUCUCGCAGGAGGUGACGCAGUUUCCGAACGGCUGGAUCGGCGGCGGCGUCGACUGGGACAAGCCCAGGGACUUUGGCAAGCCGAACUUCACCACCGUGGAUCACCCGACGUACGAUCUAAACCCUCUGUUCACCAACUAUCGUGUGGGCACCGGAGGCCCGUGCAGUAUAUUCACGCCGCCGGAGUCGUACUGGUGUUCCGACCAUGCCGAGGGCGGCGGUCCACACAUGUUCCAGUCGCCGAGCGGCGUCACGUUUCACAAGGAUGCGCUGAACAAGCCGUCGUACAAUGGCACGCUCUUCGCCUCGUCGGCCGUCCUGCACACAUGGCGACCUUCCCACUGGGCCACGUGGAUGUUUGAGUUCAAGGACUUUGACGCCUCCGGGCUGCACGGCGAGUUCUCUCGCGGCGGUUUCCAGGGUGCCCGCGGUGCCAGCACGGGCGCCGAAUGGUGGAUCGACAAUGUCUUCGAGGAGCUCGACUUCCCCAACGAGUACUUCUACAAUCGGGACACGGGCAAGCUGUACUAUUUCCACAAUGCAAGCAGCGGCACAGCACCACCGAGCGGGUUUCAGUUUGUCGCCGCCAAUCUGAAGACGCUGGUGAACAUCACGGGUAGCAAGGCAGCGCCGGUGGUUAACUUCACCAUACAGAACGUGGUGUUGACGGGCGCCGCAUACACCUUCAUGGACCCGCAUGGCGUACCGUCCGGCGGUGACUGGGCGCUGCAGCGGAUGGGUGCCGUGUUCGCCGAGGGCACGGCAAAUCUCACCGUCCGCAACUGUCUCUUCAAGAACCUCGACGGCAACGCACUGUUCCUGUCCGGCUUUGUCCACGAUAGCGUCAUCUCCGGCAAUGAGUUCACGCUCAUCGGCGACUCUGCCAUAGCGGCAUGGGGCUACACGGAUCUCAUCGACGGUACCAACCAGGAGCAGCCGCGCCGCACUCUCGUCGAGUCGAACUUCUUCCACGAGCUCGGCCUCUACGAGAAGCAGGCCAGCUGCUGGUUUCAGGCGCGCUCGGCGCAAACGCGACUCUCCAAGAACGUCUGCUUCAACGGCCCGCGAGCCGGCGUGAAUUUCAACGACGGCUUCGGCGGCGCUAACGUCAUGGCGGACAACGUUCUGUUUAACCUGUGCCGCGAGAGCUCCGAUCACGCGCCGUUUAACUCCUGGGACCGGCAGCCGUUCGUGACGGCCGUCGCCAAUCCCGCCGCGCCGUCCGUCUACCCCGCCGUGAACAACUUCACGCACAAUCUAGUCAUCGGCUACUACGGCUCCAGCAUGUGCUUUGACAACGACGACGGCAGCGCCUAUUAUCACCAUAGCAACAAUUACCUGGUGUACGGCGGACACAAGAGCAACUUCUAUGGCCACGACAAGGUCUCCACAAACAACUACAAUAUCUACCCACGGGUGUACGAGCUGGUGUGCUUUCGCAUGAGCUUCGCCGCGGUGAAUCGCACGCACGCCGACGCCUACCUGAACUGCACGUGCGUGCUGCAGGGCGUGAGCGGCGAGCACAUGUACUCCAUCCUGCCCGAGUGCGAUCUGAACAAGCCCGACACGCUCUUCUUCAAGACCGGUGGCAACACGGUGUACACACCCAGUGGCAAGGCCGAGCUCAAGAUGUGCGGCAAGUCGCUGACCUCCGACCAGUGGCUGGCCAUGAACCUGGACCCGGGGACCAGUGUUAAGGUGUCGCCCGAUGUGGACACGAUCAUCGGGUGGGGAAAAUCCCUGUUUGGAAUUCCGUGACGACUCGCACGUGGGGAAGUACGUGCUCGGAUUGGUUGACAAUACUAUUUCCUAGUGUGCAAUAUGAUUAUUCUUUGUGGACCAGAUUCAUAUUUUACAGAGAAGAAAAUCUAUGCUUAUUCAUAGGUCGAUAGUAGAAAUUUGGUGUGAGAGUUUGUGUUUUGAUGGUAGGAAAGACUGAUGGUGAUGAUCUAUGCAUGAGUUGUUGCUGUUCAGCAUGCAAUGUUGCACUUGGUGACACUGAGUAAGAACACAUGCAUACACAGAUGCCCUUCGCUUGCAUGUCAAGAGUUGCCGAGUAACCCCAGA